AUGUCUCUUCCGGUACAGCUGCCAGAAACGUUCGCCCAAAUCCCUCGCUAUAACAUCCUAUACUCCAAUCCCUCUCCCAUCCACCCCUUGACCUCAAUUGCACCCCCAAGAAUCUCCCCGCACCACCCCCUCAUCUCCAUCCACGCCAAACGAGAAGACCACUCCUCCCCACUAGCCUGCGCAGGCAACAAAUAUCGCAAACUAGAAUACAUAGCCCCAGACAUCCUAUCUCAAACACCCCUCUAUCAUAGCCAUGAGAACAACCCAAUAACCCCAGGCCCGCUGCAAGGCGCAGCAACAACCCUGGUUACAGAAGGCGCAAUCCAAAGCAACCACACCGUGCAAGUCGUCGCUCUCGCGCGGAGACUCGGUCUAAAAGCUCUAAUCCUUCUACACCGCGGCACAGGCGGCGGACUCGCAGCAGCCAGCGACAAGGUAGCCUUCCAACGCAGCGGAAACGUGCAAAUCAAUCACCUUCUCGGCGCGGAGGUUCGCGUCUGCGAAGAAGGUGAUCCGCUAGCGCAAGAUGCGACGCCUCUUCUUGAUGAGUUGAGGGCCUCGGGACAGAAUCCGUAUUGGAUCCCUGGUGGCGCGAGCUUGCAUCCCCUCGGUGGGCUGGGGUAUGCGCGCGCGGCGUUUGAGAUUGCUGCACAGGAGGAGGGUCUGGGGCUUGGGGGUUCCGGGAGGUUUGAUUAUAUCUUUGUUGCGUGUGGAAGUGGGAGUACGAUUGGUGGGUUGGUGGCUGGGUUCAAGCUGCUGGAGAAGAUUAGGGGAUUGGAUGUGUCAAAGACGACUGGGGAGCCGAGGAAGGUUAUUGGGAUUCUUAAUUCGCCGACUAAGCCGCGGGCGUAUCAUGAAAAGCGGGUGCUUGCUUUUGCGCGGAGGGCGGGCGAGUUGAUUGGGCUUGAUGGGGAGCGGGAUAUUGGGGUUGAGGAUGUGCGGCUUGAUGAUCGGUUUGUUGGGACUGCAUACGGCGUGCUUGAUGGUGAGAGUAAAGAGGCUCUAGAGACUAUGGCCCGGACGGAGGGCAUGGUGCUGGAUCCAGUUUAUACAGCCAAGGUUGUGAGAGGCAUGAUGCAUUGGGUGAACGAGGGAGAAGUUGCGGACUCCGCUAAACCCUUGGAUCAGGUCAAUGUAUUGUUCAUUCAUACAGGUGGACAGGCUGCUCUAGGAGCCUAUGCGGAUGUCAUAUAA